UUCCCUCGCCUGCCCUGUGACUUCGCUUUUCACAGGAUUACAUUUUGUCCCUCUGCGGCUCCAGUAGAGCGUCUCUUCCGGUAGAUAAACCAGAUAAACCAAGACGUUAGCACUUUCUGUGAAGGUCGUAAGUCCAACCUGUGAUUGAUCAUGUCUCUGCCAAAGCCUGUGAUGAGGGGGCUGCUGGGGAAGCGCCUGAGGUUUCACGCACCCAUCGCGGUCGUGUUGUCCAUCGUGGCUGCAGUCGCCUUCAAGUACGGGGUGACAGAGCCCAGGAAACAGGCGUACGCUGACUUCUACAAGCAGUACGACGCCGUCAAAGAGUUCAACGCCAUGAGGGAAGCCGGCGUCUUUGAGAGUGUGCGACCCACUGGGGAGUAAAACCACCUCUUCCUCCAGCUCUUCCUCCCUGCCAUUCAUUCCUGGUCUGAGGAUGAAGUUCCUUCUUGUCCCCUUGGAUGUUAUUUACUGAUUUAGAUUUGAACAUCGCUAUGCUGUUUUGUUCCUCUAAAUAAAUUAUUCUAUCAAUGUAAAAGCC